GUCACACACUUCUCUCAAAUUAUUCCAUAUUCUUCUUAUUUCUAUUAUUUCACCUCAAAUCAUUAGAUUCUUACACAACACAACAACGAACUAGCUCCCAAGUCUAAGCUUUUAUUUCACUUCAAAGUUGUCUUUGGCUGUCUCUCUCUAUAUAUAAAAUGCUAAUGACGGAGAGAGGCCGAGCCAUGUGGCGCACGUGCCUAGCCUCAGCGUUCCGAACAGCUCUAGCCUGCACAAUCGUUGGCUCAGCUACACUUUACGGUCCCGAAUGGAUCAACCGCCACGUGGCAUUCCCGGCCUUCUCUUACGUCGCAGUUAUCCUCAUCAUCACCGACGCUACACUCGGAGACACGCUACGUGGCUGCUGGUUAGCUCUUUACGCCACGUGUCAAAGCGUGGGACCUGCGAUCGUCACGUUAAAGCUUAUAGGACCAGCUCGUCUCACGGCCGAAACGACGGCUCUUGCCGCGGCUCUAGCGGCGUUCGUGGUGGUGCUACCUAACAGUUCGACCCACUUGGUGGCUAAGAGAAUCGCUUUAGGCCAGAUCGUCCUCAUUUAUCUAGAGGUACCGGAGAAAAAGCCGGUGAAUUCGCCGCCAGAGAAGAAUCAGCAACAGAGGCCGAAUCGGUGCACGACGUGUAGGAAAUGGGUCGGGUUAACCGGAUUCAAGUGCCUGUGCGGUACGAUGUAUUGUUGGGUCCAUAGGUACCCGGAGAUCCAUGGAUGCAGCUACGAUUUCAAAUCGGCCGGUCGUGAAGAGAUCUUGAAAGCAAAUCCGUUGGUGAAAGCAGCGAAGCUUCAUAAGAUUUGAUCAGAGCCGUUCGAUGCGUUGACUUUUCUCUCAUUAUUCUGUACAGUGAAUUUAUCAGAUGGGUUUCUUGGAAAUGUUGUUGUAAAGCUAAUCUGGGAUGGUUUUGAUUGUAUCGUCAUGUUUUACUUUAUAAAGCUAUAGACUUUGU